ACAUUAGAAGUCUUUUUUUCUUUUAUGUAAAAAGGGGAAAAAGCUUUUACAGUACAACUACUACUGCAUCUUUCUCCUCCUACAAUCAUCAACGCUCUUCCAUAUAGCCCUAAAAGCUAAAAUCUACCUUCUCUUUCUCCUCUCCUUUUCACUUGAUUCUCAGAAGGAAAAAUGAGACCAAAGAUUUAUCUGUUUGGUGAUUCCAUCACUGAAAUGUCAUUCGAUGAGGGUGGAUGGGGUGCUUCUCUCGUCAAACACUUCAAUCGCACCGCGGAUGUGGUGUUAAGAGGGUAUAGUGGGUAUAACACAAGGUGGGCAUUGAAAGUGUUGGAGAAAGUUUUUCCGGCGACUGAGAAAUCCGAAUCGGAAUCGCCAUUGGCGGUGACGGUUUUCUUUGGAGCGAACGAUGCGUCUCUUGCUGAUAGAUGCUCUGCUUUUCAACACGUUCCUCUUGAGGAGUUCAAGCACAAUCUUCACUCCAUUGUCGCCUUCCUUAAGGGGAGAUGGCCAACAACUGAAGUUAUCCUCAUUUCACCUCCUCCAAUUGAUGAGCCUUCGCGAGUCCUAUGUCCUUUUGCAGAGAACAAAUUGGGACUGCCAGAGAGGACGAACGAAGCUGCUGGAAACUACGCCAAGGCAUGUCUGGCUGUUGCUGCUGAAUGUGGGGUCUCCGCUAUCGAUCUCUGGACCAAAAUGCAACAAAUCCCUGGCUGGCAAACAGCUUGUUUAAGCGACGGUUUGCACCUGACUAAAACUGGCAACAAAAUAGUGUUUGAGGAGGUGAUCGGGGCUCUUAAAAAGAAAGGACUGAGUCUGAAAACUCUAGCAGUUGAUCUCCCACAGAUUAAUGAAGUGGAUCCAAAUGAUCCCCUCAAGUCUUUUGAAGGAAUAUAGUAUUGACUUAAAAACUUAAAAUCUCCCUUUCCUUCCUUUUUUCUUAGUCAAUAAUAUAUGUCGUGGAAUAGAUUUUAUCUUAUUUUUAGAACAAAAAGACCGUGUAUUGUUUAUUGACUUGAAGAUAUCAAUAUUCAAGUAAUUUAUCGUGGUAAAUCCUAGCUCAAA